AUGCUCAGUUUCACAGAAGUCUCAGAAUGUGUUCAAAAGUCAUUGGCAUCAUUGGCACCAGGCUACUUGUCUAAAUGGUUACUUUUCAUCUCUGUUGUGUCGAUCUUUAAUUCGGUUCAAACAUACAUCAAUAUUGAUUUAACCCGUAGAGUGUAUGAAAACAAACCAAAUGAAACGACUCCGUUGAGCGCACGUACUUUUGGUACCUGGACUUUGGUUUCAUGUAUUAUUAGACUAUACGGUGCAUUAUACUUAACCGAGAACCACGUUUAUCAAUUGACUUUCAUUUCAUAUGUGAUUGCAUUGUUGCACUUUGGUUCUGAACUAUUGAUCUUCCGUACUUGCAAGUUGGGCACUGGUUUCUUAGGCCCAUUGGUUGUUUCCACCACAUCUUUGGUUUGGAUGUAUUGCCAAAAGGAAUUUUAUACUGGCAUUCCCUUCCCAUUCUAA